AUGGAGCAGAAUCAGCUGUACCAAGAAACCAUCUCCUGCUCGAUCUGUCUGGAUCAUCUGAAAGAUCCGGUGACUAUUCCUUGUGGACACAGCUACUGUAUGACGUGUAUUAAAACACACUGGGAUGAAGAGGAUCAGAGAGAAAUCCACAGCUGCCCUGAGUGCAGGGAGACCUUUAAACCUAGGCCUGCUCUGAAGAAAAACACCAUGUUAGCAGUUUUGGUGGAGCAGCUGAAGAAGACUGGACUCCAAGCUGCUCCUGCUGAUCACUGCUAUGCUGGACCUGAAGAUGUGGCCUGUGAUGUCUGCACUGGAAGAAAACUGAAAGCCAUCAAGUCCUGUUCAGUCUGUCUCGCCUCUUACUGUGAGAAACACCUUCAGCCUCAUUAUGAUUCAGCUCCUUUAAAGAAACACAAGCUGGUGGAGCCCUCCAAGAACCUCCAGGAGAACAUCUGCUCUCGCCAUGAUGAGGUGAUGAAGAUGUUCUGUCGUACUGAUCAGAAGUGUAUCUGUAGUCUCUGUUUAAUGGAUGACCAUAAAGGCCACGACACAGUCCCAGCUGCAGCAGAAAGGACUGAGAGGCAGAGAGAGCUCCAGGUGAGACGAGAAAACAUCCAGCAGAGAAUCCAGGACAGAGAGAAAGAUGUCAAGCUGCUUCAACAGGAGCUGGAGGCCAUCAACCACUCUGCUGUUAAAACCUUGGAGGACAGUGAGAAGAUCUUCAGGGAGCUAAUCCGUCUCAUCCAGAAAAGAAGAUCUGAGGUGAAGCAGCAGAUCAGAUCCCAGCAGGAAACCGAAGGGAGUCGGGUCAAGGAGCUUCAGGAGAAGCUGGAGCAGGAGAUCACUGAGCUGAAGAGGAAAGACGCUGAGCUGAAGCAGCUCUCAGACACAGAGGAUCACAACCAGUUUCUCCACAACUACCCCUCACUGUCAGCACUCAGUGAGUCUACACACUCAUCCAGCAUCAAUAUCUGUCAUCUGACCUACUUUGAGAAUGUGACAGCAGCUGUGUCAGAGCUCAGAGAUCAACUACAGGAUGCCCUGAAAGACGCAUGGGCAAACAUUUCACUUAGACUCACUGAUGUUUCACUGUCAGAACCAGAACCAAAGAGCAGAGCUGGAUUCUUGAAAUAUUCAUGCGAAAUCACACUGGAUCCAAACACAGCAAAUAGGAAGGUGCUACUUUCAAAGGGUAAUAGGGAAGUGACAUGGAUGCUUCAUCCUCAGACUUAUUCUAGUCACUCAGACAGAUUCACUGACUGGCCUCAGGUCCUGAGUAGAGAGAGUCUGACUGGACGUCAUUACUGGGAGGUGGAGCGGAGAGAAUCAGUUUAUGUAGCAGUCGCAUACAAGAAUAUCAGUAGAGAAGGAAAAGGGGGUGAAUGUGGAUUUGGAUUUAAUGAUAAAUCUUGGGCAUUAAUUUGUUACCAAAACAGUUAUGAAUUUGUUCACAACAGCAUCCGGACCUCCAUCUCAGGUCCAGUUUCCUCCAGAGUAGGAGUGUACCUGGAUGACAGAGAAGGUAUUCUGUCCUUCUACAGCGUCUCUGAAACUAUGACUCUCCUUCACAGAGUCCAGACCACCUUCACUCAGCCGCUGUAUGCUGGACUUGGAGUUUAUUACGGAGGUUCUGCUGAGUUCUGUAAACCCAUAUAAACUCACUUAAGGUCCAGUGAGUUUGAUUCUGAUUUUUAAUCUCCAAAGGCUUUAUUGUUGUUUUACGUCUAAACUUUACAGAAAACAAUAGAGAUUUUCAGAACUGGUAUUUCUUUUCUAAUCUAUUCAAUUUAUUAAUUUCUCAACACGUUUGUUUAAAUUGUCUCCACAGCACCAGAGUAUUUGCUGAUUUUCCUUCCUUGUUGCUUCUAGCAGCGAAGACCGUGAACUCAGUAAUAAAAUUAAUGAUAAUGGUUCAAAUGAUAAUGGUUGAAAAAGUGGAAACAGUAAUUUGACCAGGUUCUGGUUUGAUCCAUUUUGUUGAGCUAAGACACACAUGAGACAACAUAUAUUGUCUCUUUGUGAACUUGAGCUGAUUCCAUAUCUUGUUGGUUUUCAAGGGGAGAAACUUGAAAAUAAAGCUACCAUGUUGUUUCACUGUUGGUUAUAAAGUUAGGAUCCAGAUUUGAUUUGAAUUUCUUGAGUCUAUAUUUUUCUGCGAUCUGUAAUAAUGAAAGCAGCAAGAUGUUCAGCUAAAUCUGAAGCAUUAAGCUACUAUAAGUGAUGUUGAAGUUGUUCUUCUAGUGAUCAGAUAUGACAGUUAGACGUUCACAUUCAGAAAUGAUCCUGCGAAAUCAUGUCUGCAAACUUUGUAAUGCAACAAUUGUUAAAACUGACAUCAAUACCUCCACCAGCAAAAAAAGGAACAUUCUGCCUCAAAAAACAACUGUAAACCCUCCAGUGGUCUGCUGGUUGUUCAGAAGGUUUUACCUAAAGGAACUAAUGGUUGCCCAGUAGUUAGAGCAUUGUGCUUAUAUCCUGGAGGUUUUUGGUUCAACUCUCACAGACUGCCACUCUGGGGCCCUCAGCAAGAUGCUUAAAUGUGCAUAACUAUGUUUUUUGGACUUUUAAAAAAAAGUUAUACGUCAGUAGCUCAUUCUGGUUGCAUACAACAUUUUUAUGAAAGA